CGGAGUUCCGUCAAAGACGAGAGGAUAACGCUCGUAGGGAGCAACUUAAUGUCCUCCGGGAGAUUAUUGCAGCCAGAGAAAUUGCACAUCAUUGUAGAACCAAUAGCUACAUUUACAUUCAACUAAAAGAGCUCAAAAAUUACAAUUUCAAACUUGACCUUGAUAAGUUGUCCUUUGUGCAGAGAAUGUUUCUCGAGAAUCGAUACAUAUUCGAGGCAAUAGCAAAGCAUAUUCGGGUUCAGGAUUUACUAUCCGAAGUGCAAAUCUGUCCAACCAUAGAAUUUCUCAGCGCGGGCAAGUAUAGUAUCGAGCCAGAACUAUGUCGACAUCUUGUGGAGUGUUUAUUAGCUGACGAGUACCACAAUCGCCCGAGAAUAUUCACAGAUGCUUCGAAAUCUGUGGACGGCCGCUGUGGAAUUGGGGUUUACGACGAGACUAAUAAAGUUCGACUCAUGAUGCAGCUCAAGCUGGACACCAGUAUAAUGACUGCCGAAACGCUCGCAAUCAAAGUCGCAAUGCAGCACAUUCAAGACAGAGGCAUUCAGAAUGCGGUCCUUCUCACCGAUAGCCAAGCGGCAUGUACUUUCCUCAAAAAGAGUAAAAAUAGUCGGCUGCGAAAUGCGGUGGCUAACGAAAUACUGGAGAAAGCCAUGAAGUAUCGCACCACCUUCCAAUGGAUUCCGGGGCACGUUCAAAUCGAAGGCAACGACAUCGCCGACGAAUUGGCACACCAGGCCUUAUCUGCGCAGUUUGUUCUUGAAAACGACAUUUUCGUCCACGAUGCAAUUAGCUACUUUGAGGAACGCCAAGCCAACAGUAUAAACAAGUGGUAUCAGGAAUAUGUGAGACUAAAGGGGAAAUCGUUGAAACAGCUGUUCCGUGGUAGUGAGGAGGAGGAUCCAUACUGGUUUAUGCAGCACAAUUACAUGCAGUGAUUUUUUUUUUCGUUACAAGAAACAUUUUAUAGAAAUGUAAAAGUAAUGUAUUGACGUUUUACAAGUACCUGGAUAUGGCGUUUUUAAUAACAUACUAUUAGUAGUUCGCAUUGAUCGAAACAUGAAUGUUAGAAGCAAAGCAACGCGAAGAGAGUGUGUUCCAUGCUGAACUGCAAAGAAUAGGCUUGUUAGUGUACCCGAAACGAUUGACGAAUUCAAACCAUUUAGAGACCGACGGUGCCACGCUUCCUCCGAGGCUGUGAAGUGGAAAUGUGAGUGAGAGUUUGCGAAAUUGUUCUGUGGAAUUAAUUCACCACCAAAGUGUUCCGUUAUUGUAAUUCAGUUUCGCGUGCAACGUUCUAGUGAUAGUUAUAGUUAGAAAAGAGAUAUCUUUUUAACGAUGGAUGUGGUGUACAGUUCGGACAGCUGCGAUAGUGAUUCUCGAGAACAGAAAACAGCUGAUUUCGGUCAUGCCAAUAAGCGCCACCUGAACGAGGAUUUGCUGCGCAUGUGCAAAGUCAAGAAGCUGGCCGAAGAUAUCGAAACGUUGCUGCUCAACCAUAACAACCUAUCGAUCGUACCGGCAACUAUCGGCGAAUUUGUCAAUCUACGCGUAUUGGACCUCAGCAACAACAGCCUUCGACAGAUACCCGAUGAGAUAACACAGCAGUGUCAGCUGACAACGCUGAUUGCCAAGAAUAACCUGCUUGACGACAAAUCGUUGCCCAAGACACUUAGAUCGACUCAUGGUGGCGGAUUGAAGGAGCUCAACCUGAGCGGGAACCGUUUCACGCAAUUCCCGGAACAGGUGACCGAACUCCGUUCGUUAAAGUACCUUUACCUUGGGGGUAAUCAAAUCACAAACGUUUCCAAGGACAUCUGGAAAUUGAACAACUUACAACUCCUCUCGCUUGGCGGCAAUCAGAUCACCGAGAUCCCAGACACCGUCGGGCUGCUCAAUAAUCUCCACGCUCUUGUACUCUGUGAUAACCUGAUCGAGGCAUUGCCGAGUUCGAUCGCUCGUCUAGUGCACCUCAAGUCGUUGCUUUUGCACAAAAAUUGUCUCAAGCAUCUGCCCCGGGAAAUCAUCACGCUGAAAAACCUCACCGAGCUAAGUCUUCGAGAUAACCCGCUGGUCGUGCGUUUCGUCAAGGAUAUGACACUCCAUCCACCCACUUUGAUGGAACUGGCUGCUCGUACGGUGAAAGUUGCAUCACUGCCAUACGGUCCCGAGGAUCUACCGCAAGCUCUGAUCGAUUACUUGCAAACCGCUAAUUGCUGUGUUAAUCCCAACUGCAAAGGAGUAUUCUUCGACAACCGAGUGGAGCACAUCAAAUUUGUCGACUUUUGUGGCAAAUACCGUAUCCCGCUGCUUCAAUAUCUGUGCUCAUCUAAAUGUAUCAAUGACACCAAAACGGCGGACGCUUAUGGUGAAGCUAGCAGCAGCAUGAUGCGUAAGGUAUUGCUGGGAUGAUUGUGGAAACCAGGGUGGGCAGAAAUCGAAGCUGUGCCAUGUUGCCUCCGGUUACAUUUUUUCUUGGUGUCCACUGUUGUCCGUUGUAGAAGAAGAAUUGUGAAACAGAAUUACAAUAUUGUAGAACAAUAUUUUCAAAGCAAUCCUAUUUACAAAGCAUCCUAUUUACAUAGUACGUCCCCUCCCAAUGAUAUCACUGAUAUUCGAUAGUCAAUGGUGUUCACAUUCAUGUUUCACAAACAUCUCCUAUAUUUUAAUUUUCUACAUUGUGAUUUGCUCAUAGAGCGUUCGAAUUCAUUCGAUUUUAAACAAUACCUUCAAAACCCCAGAAACUGCAAGGUCAAUAAACUGUUAAGGAUCAGUUUCAAAAUUUA